AUGCUAGGACAACAAUUUAGUUGCUACUAUACUUGGUGCGAUAAAAGCUUCAACAGCAAGUACAACCUUAAACGCCAUAUAAACGCGACCCAUAUCGGUAUUAAAAAAUUCAAUUGCGAGGUAUGCAGCAAAAAGCUAGUAAGCAAGCAAAAUCUUACCGAGCACAUGUACACACACACUGGAGAGAAGCCAUUUCGGUGUGAAGAGCCUGGCUGCGGAAAAAGCUAUCGGCAAUCUUCACAAUUGAGCGUUCAUAAAAAGGUUCACAAAAGAAAUCAAAAGAAAUUAGGAGAAAAGAAAACGAAAUCCAAAGAGAUUUCGGACCAAGAGGAGAGAGACCAACUUAGUUUAGAUGGCCUUGAACUGCCUCCAAUCAAUUUUGAAAGCUGCUUCAGACAGCAAAAUAUUAAAUUGCCUAUUUACCACUCACUGCUAAUAUAA